CUCGUAUUCUGGUAAAUCAUGGCAGCUUGGAAGUGGAUUUUGUUCAUUUACUAUUUUUUGCCCAUAAAUGGCCAAAUUCUGAAUAUGAUGAAACCAAAAACAAUCAGAGUACAUAAAUUUUCAACGUGUCCCGGCCACGAAAAGGACCUUUUGGUCGUGAAAAACGUCCAAAUAGCCUUCUCGAAUCGGAUUAACUUAAUUUCUGCACAAGUUUUAAUUCGAGAGACACUCCACGAAGACAUAAAGAUAAAACUAGUGCUCAAUAGAUGCAAAUCGCGGGAGGCCUUGGAUUCGUGUGAGAAGUACCAAAAUAUUAACAUGAAUCACUUUUGUGGGAUUUUGAACGAUGAUAAUAAGCCUUGGAGUCCAUUUCUGAAAAUGUGUGAUCCCCCGUUUGCGUGUCCUUUCAAAAAAGGGGUUUACAGUUUCAGAAAUGGUACUUUUGAUGGGUCUGCUGUUGGACAUUUGCCCGUUUCUGGGUGGUACUGGAUCGUAACUGCGUUCAUGGUAGGCGAGAAGUCUGAUCGUACCUUGGGAUGUGUCAAUUUUGAUGGUCAAAUAGUGUCAGCUUGAAAGAAAGAGUAAAUUGUGCAUUUUGA